AUGACUUCUAACUUUGAUUUUACCGAUAAAACACAGCAGACCUUGGCUAACGCCAUCCAAUGCGCCAAGGACUACUCUCAUGCCCAAGUGCAUCCGGCACAUCUCGCAUUUUCCCUUCUGAACGAGGACGGGUCAUUGCUCGCUUCUGUCAUCGAGAAGGCUGGUGGUGAACCUUCCAUCGUCAAGCGGGCACUUCAAAAGACAAUUGUCCGACUACCUUCCCAAAGUCCUCCUCCAGAUGACACUACAUUGAGCUCCGCAUCGCUGAAAGUCCUUCGCGAAGCUCAAAGCAUUCAGAAGACAAUGCACGAUUCUUACAUUGCCCAAGAUCACAUUCUUCUUGCCCUUUUGAAAGAUUCCACUAUCUCGUCAAUUCUCAAAGAAGCAAGCCUAACGGAGGCAACGUUGAAAACUGCGAUUGAACAGACUCGGGGCAAUCGUCGAGUGGAAUCGAAAACCGCAGAGGAAGGAUUCGAUGCGCUUAACAAGUACGCUAUCGAUCUUACUUCACUAGCAGAGGCAGGAAAGAUCGAUCCUGUCAUUGGCCGUGACAAUGAGAUCAGACGUACGAUUCGUAUUCUUUGUAGACGAACCAAGAACAAUCCAGUCUUGAUUGGGGAACCAGGCGUUGGUAAAACCUCCAUAGCCGAAGGACUGGCUCAACGUAUUGUCAAACGUGACGUACCGGCGAGUCUAUUUUGUCGACUUUACUCGUUGGACAUGGGUGCCCUUAUGGCUGGUGCAAAAUACAAGGGAGAAUACGAGGAGCGUAUCAAAGCAGUUCUGAACGAAGUCGAGAAAGCUGCAGAGGAUGGUGGUCCCGGGGUCAUCCUCUUCAUCGACGAACUUCACUUGAUUAUGGCUGGACGUGGCGCUAGUGGAGGAGGUAUGGAUGCUGCAAACUUGUUUAAACCCCUCCUCGCUCGAGGAAAACUACGUUGCAUUGGUGCUACCACGCUGGCAGAAUACCGUCAGUACAUCGAAACUGACACUGCACUGGAACGUCGGUUCGCUCAAGUAGUCGUCAAUGAGCCCACCGUGCCAGAAACUAUCAGUAUACUUCGUGGCAUCAGAGAAAAAUACGAAGUGCACCACGGUGUCAAGAUAUUGGAUGGGUCCCUCAUUUCGGCGGCUCAGUUAGCUCACAGAUACCUCACCUCCAGACGGCUACCUGAUGCUGCCAUCGACUUGGUUGAUGAGGCUUGUGCAAGCGUUCGUGUUACACGUGAAACCGAGCCCGAAGCAAUCGAUAAACUCCAGCGCAAAAAGCUGGAACUCGAAGUUGAAAUCCAUGCCUUGGAACGGGAGAAAGAUAAUGCAAGCAAAGAGCGGCUCAAACUUGCACGGAAAGCCAUCGCUGACGUCGAAGACGAGCUGCAGCCCCUGAAAGCGGCUUACGAAAGCGAAAAACAGCGCGGCGAUGAAAUCAAUGUGGCUCGGAGAAAGAUCGACGAGCUUAAGGCAAAAGCGGAAGAUGCUGAACGAAAGUAUGACCUUGCAACAGCAUCCGACCUCAAGUACUACGCCAUACCCGAGUUACAAGCUCGCCUCGAAUCGCUCGAAAAAAAGAAGGCUGCAGAAGAUGCAGAGCAGGGUGGAGGUGCAGACACUGUAACACCUGAACAAAUUGCUGAGAUCGUCGCUCGUUGGACUUCGAUUCCAGUUACUCGGCUAAUGUCCUCGGAAAAAGAGAAACUUCUUCGCAUGGAGAGGAUUCUUGCGGAGAGUGUUGUCGGGCAGACUGAGGCCGUCAAGGCUGUUGCAAACGCUAUUCGACUUUCAAGGAGCGGUCUAUCUAACCCGCAGCGUCCAAUUGCCAGCUUCUUGAUGGCUGGACCCUCUGGGACAGGUAAAACGCUAAUGGCGAAAACGCUUGCGACUUUGUUGUUCGAUUCCCCUGACGCUAUGAUCCGAAUCGACGGCUCUGAAUAUUCCGAAAAACACUCUAUCGCUCGUCUAAUUGGGGCACCGCCUGGAUAUGUCGGACAUGAUCAAGGAGGACAACUUACCGAAUAUAUACGUCGAAAACCAUACAGCAUUGUCCUUAUCGACGAAAUUGAGAAAGCUUCACGAGAAUUCGUCACACUGUUUCUCCAAGUGUUGGACGACGGUCGUCUUACAGAUGGACAGGGGCGUGUUGUAGACUUCAGAAACACUGUCAUUAUCAUGACCUCCAAUCUGGGAGCGGUAUACCUCAACGAUAUGGGAGAUGGACCGGUCAGCCCCGAAACAAGACAACUUGUUCUCGGUGCUAUACAGGGUCACUUCCCUCCGGAAUUUGUCAACCGUGUCGACGAGAUAAUCGUUUUCCGAGCCCUAUCUCGGAAACACGUAUUGAAAAUUGUUGAUAUACGUCUGCAAGAGGUGCAAGAACGGCUCGCAGAGAGGAAGAUUGUCUUGGAAUUAGAUAACCAAGCGAAACAAUAUCUCAGCUCUAUUGGAUACUCUCCGACGUACGGUGCUCGUCCUUUGAACCGUGCCAUCCAGCAAGAGCUUCUCAAUCCCCUCUCGGUUAUGAUAUUAGCUAAUCGCGUACAGGAUGGCGAGACUGUUCGUGUUACCUUCGACGGACCUCAUAAUCGCCUCGCAAUUAUUCCGAACCAUGAGGGAAAUCCAUCUGACGAAUAUAUGGAUAUAGAUGAUGACGAUAUUGAAAUUGAAGAGAUGGACUAA